AUGUGUAUCUACGCAAGGUGUGGCGUUUUUGCUGGGUUGGCUUUUAAUCGGAAGACAUUUUUGAAAGCGGUCCUCCGCUGGUUUGGAAGGCAAUCGAACAUGUCCGGAAGCAGAGCAGGUGCUGCGGAGUUCUCCAAAGAAGGCGACGAGGGCCGUCAGCGCGCAGCGGAGAAGGGGUCGGACGAGCCGGGCGGGGGGUCUUUGAGUGGCUAUUCGGCCAUGGUGUUCCUCAAGAAAGGCAAAAACAAAAGGAAGCAAAGGAGGAGCAGCCUGCGGAACGUCCCCAAGGAACCGCGAGAAAGCGAGAAGAAGAUGCCGCUGGCUGUGAGCGCGGUGGCCAAGAAGUGCGAGGUUCUAGGUUUUGAGGAAGUUUCCAGCGAAUUUACGUGCGCCUCGUCUAUUUCGGAGGUGUACCAACGCGACGUCAAGAAAGAGUCCCGAUACUCCUUCCGGAAACUGGACGACGGAACCUUCGCCAUAGAGAGGAAGAGCUCGAACGACCCGGAAAAGAGUGACCCGGGAGCCACAAGGAGGUCCAAGAAGACGACGUGCCACCAGAAGGGACGCUACGCGUACAAGCCCCUGAAAAUCUGCUUUAAGAAAAGAAGCAAAGCUCUGAAGAAGACUUCAGAUCCAAGCGACGACAACAAAACAAGUCAGCUCGAGAGCGACGCGAUCGCGUCGACUGGGAAAACGUGGGCAAAUUUUAAACAGAUGGUAACAAGGAGAAAAAAAACAGGUUCCUCCAGCAAGAAGGAAUCUCACCUCAAUUGCCUCGAAGCCAACAACUGCGGCCAAUGUGAUUCCAACAAAAAAAGGUUCUCUAACCUCAUGAUUCCAUGCAUGAAUUUCUCAAAAGGAAAGAGGUCUUCAAACGUUCCAACUGAAGGACCACCGCGUGAGGUCCACGUGGAGGACCUGGAAGCUGGGUGUGAGAAGAACGAUGAGGCCUUGGCAGCCAAAUAUAAGCUGCAGAAGUCCCUGAACGCCAAAAACGGGGAGAUCGGCUGUGCGCGAAACAGGGAUGCCACGGACCCGUCAGGUAGGGUCAUCACCGUUGGCUUGGAAGGAAGGGAAAGUGCCUCCCCGUUUGCUGUGUUCAGGGAAGAGGUCAAGGACUUGUCCAAGCCUCCACUUCAGGAGGACUUGCUGGUUGGGUCUACCAAAUACUCCGGAAAUAAAAGCCCCACACAGAAAACCAACCUCAACGAAGACCGCGAUGAACCAAAAACGAGGAGUACGGAUAUUAGCCACCUAAACGAUAUCAUUUACUACAAAGACAGAUUCACGAAAGCAUCGUCAAUGGAUGACGCGUCCAACCAGGCCACCGAGACGUCGGAUUCCUACGAAAGCCUGCUGGUGGCGACCGCGGCUUCGCUGGUGAAGAAAGUCAUUCAGGCGUCGAUCCAGCAGCUGGUCGACGAGGGAGCUUUUCUGAGCCGGGUUCCGAUUUAGGUCUCGACGAAAGGGUCCCUCAACGAGAAACGGAG